AUGGGUGUCAUAUGUUGUAAGGAAGAACCAGUGGAUUUGAAUAGUGAAAUUGAUCUGACCCAUUUUGCGUUACUACGAUCUGUUGGCAAAGGAGCUUUUGGUAAGGUGCGUGUGGUCCAACAUAAGGGAACAAAACAACUUUUUGCACUCAAGUAUAUCAAUAAAGCCAAAUGUAUCCGGAUGCAUGCUGUUGAAAAUAUUAUUUCUGAAAGACGACUACUGGAACGAUUAGACUACAAACUUAUUGUCAAUUUGCGUUAUGCUUUUCAAGAUGAUGAUAAUUUAUUUAUGGUACUUGAUCUAAUGUUAGGCGGUGAUUUACGCUUUCAUAUGGACAGAAUGGGUAUUAUGACUGAAGAAUGUGUUCGUUUUUAUGCUGCUGAAAUUUCUCUUGGUCUUCAUUAUUUACAUCAACAACAUAUUGUACAUCGUGAUUUGAAACCAGAUAAUAUCCUACUUGAUGAAUGUGGUCAUGCUCAUUUAACUGAUUUUAACAUUGCUGUCCAAUUUUCCGAAAACAAACCUUUACUCUCGGUAGCUGGUUCUAUGGCUUAUAUGGCUCCUGAAAUACUGAAGAAACGUGGUUAUUUUGCUUCUGUCGAUUGGUGGUCUUUAGGUAUUGUUUGUUAUGAAAUGUUAUUUGGAAAGAGACCUUUUAAAGCCAAAACAAAUGAUGCUUUGAAACAGGCCAUUUUGAACGAACAACUUGAAUUCCCUGAUGAUCCUCCAGUAUCUCCAGAAGCCAUUCAAGUCAUCAAAGGAUUAUUAACAAGAGAUGUAUCUCAACGACUCGGUGUAGGUGAUCAAGGUUUCCAGGAUUUAAAGUCUCAUCCAUGGUUCAAGACAAUACAAUGGCAACGAUUAGAAGCGAAACAAGUGGAACCACCGUUUAUCCCUGAUGACAAACGUGCCAACUUUGAUCCUACACAUGAAUUAGAAGAAAUAUUACUGGAAGAUAACCCACUCAAGGCAAAGAAAAGAAUGGCGAAAAAAUGUGGGUCCAAUACCGAUGUAUCAGAUAAAAACAAUGCAUAUGAUGCCUAUAGUGAUCCUGAAUAUCAAGUGAUGGAAGAUAAGUUUUUGACUUUUGAUUACACCAAGCCUGAACAAAAUUUACAACAAAAGCAACAACAGCAAAAACAUUACAAUGUAGAAAGUCCACCAACAUCACCACGAUUGACAGCAGUAUCAUCUUAUUCCAAUCAUCGUAUACAAUUACCUGAUGAAGAAGGAUCUUCUGCCAUGACAAGAAUACCCAGUACGUUGGAUAUGAAAACCACUUCAGCAACAGCAACAUCAACAACAACAAAUAGCGCUACCACUGUCAAUACUACAGCCUUGCCUUCUUUGGACAAUGGUGACAAGUCCUCUUCAAAAGCACAAAACUCAAUAACAAAUUGGCAACUCCCUUCAACCAUGCUAUCGUAA